AGAAAAAUGGAUGAAAUUAUAAGAGAGAUCGAUCGGUGGCAAUUUAAUAAUUAUAAAUGAGCAAAGCAAAGACGUAUCGUGACAACUGUGAAAUAGAGGUUGAGUGACUAGUGAUCGAUCGAGAGAGAGAGAGAGCCAAAGGAGGAGAAGACACUACAAACAAAAAUGGCGAAACAAGAAGAAGUAUCGGUACCGAUCUUCACAUCACUUGAGCCUGUCUACGGCGAAGGAUCUCAGCUCCAAGAAGCUACGCGACGAUUCGAUGUUUUGAUGGCCACUUUCAAUCACAUCUUCGGUGCUUCUCCCCAACUCUUCGCUCGCUCUCCUGGAAGAGUGAAUUUGAUAGGAGAGCACAUUGACUAUGAAGGUUACUCAGUGUUGCCAAUGGCUAUUCGUCAGGAUACAAUUAUAACGAUUAGGAAAUGUGAUGAUCAGAAAAAGCAGCUUCGUAUUGCAAAUGUUAAUGAUAAGUACACUAUGUGUACAUACCCUGCUGAUCCUGACCAGGAAAUUGACUUGCAGAAUCACAAAUGGGGUCAUUACUUCAUAUGCGCAUACAAAGGUUUCCAUGAGUAUGCAAAGUCAAAAGGUGUGAAUCUUGGUUCACCAGUUGGACUUGAUGUGCUUGUUGAUGGAAUUGUUCCCACAGGUUCUGGGUUGUCAAGUUCUGCUGCAUUUGUUUGCUCAGCAACAAUUGCUAUUAUGGCUGUCUUUGGGCAAAACUUUGAAAAGAAAGAACUUGCACAGCUUACAUGUGAAUGUGAACGACACAUUGGAACACAGUCUGGUGGGAUGGACCAGGCAAUAUCUAUUAUGGCUAAAACUGGAUUUGCUGAGCUUAUUGACUUCAACCCAGUCCGCGCAACUGAUGUGAAACUCCCUGAUGGAGGGAGUUUUGUAAUUGCACAUUCUCUUGCAGAGUCACAGAAGGCCGUCACGGCUGCUAAGAAUUACAAUAACAGGGUCGUUGAAUGUCGACUUGCUUCGAUCAUACUUGGUGUUAAUCUCGGAAUGGAACCAAACGAAGCUAUAUCAAAAGUUAAGACUCUCUCUGAUGUGGAAGGAUUAUGUGUGUCAUUCGCUGGUGAUCGUGGGUCAUCUGAUCCUCUUCUCGCUGUUAAGGAAUAUCUGAAAGAAGAACCAUACACUGCUGAGGAGAUUGAGAAAAUCCUGGAGGAAAAAUUACCUUCAAUCUUGAAUAAUGAUCCAACAUCUUUGGCUGUACUCAAUGCUGCCACGCAUUUCAAACUGCAUCAGAGAGCUGCACACGUUUAUUCAGAAGCCCGGAGGGUUCAUGGUUUCAAGGACACAGUCUAUUCAAACUUGAGUGACGAAGAGAAGUUAAAGAAACUCGGUGAUCUCAUGAAUAAAAGCCAUCACAGCUGCAGUGUCCUAUACGAGUGCAGUUGCCCCGAGCUAGAAGAACUGGUUCAAGUUUGCAGGGAGAAUGGAGCACUUGGAGCAAGACUGACGGGAGCUGGAUGGGGUGGGUGCGCAGUGGCCUUGGUUAAGGAAUCUGGUGUUACUCAAUUCAUUUCCGCAGUCAAGGAGAAAUACUACACAAAGAGAGUAGAAAAAGGAGUUGUAAAGGAAGAAGAUAUGGAGCUUUACCUAUUUGCCUCCAAGCCUUCAAGUGGUGCUGCCAUCUUCAACCUCUAAACACAUAUCUCUCUCCCCCUCUCUUUAUUAAUUUAUUUAAUCUGAAUUGUUUGCAAUCGUGCCACUUCCCAACUUCGCAAUUGCAAUCAUUAAAAUAUUUAGGAGUUUUGCAACACUAAUAAAAUGAAGUUUUAUUAUCUC